AUGAGAAAUUCUACAUAUAUCCCGAUAAGCGUAGUAGAGACAAAACCACUACCAUAUUAAAUGAUUUCAGCCUCAUCUCCUAGAGGAAUCCCAGUAAAGCAGAUAAAUUCGCCACUUUCUAGCUAAGGUUUUACUUAUGUCACUAAGGAAGCAUAAAAUUAGGUACCAGUUAUUGUAUAAAAAGAGCUAUAAUUAGUUGAAGAUACUUCUAAAAUAAAUAACCUCCAAUAAUAGAUGAAUUCUUUAAUUGAAUAAAACAAUUUUUUUUAAAGAUAAUUAGAAAUAGCUCGCAAUAAACCACCAAUUAUUUAAGAAAAAAUACAUGUAGUUGAAGACACUUCAAAAAUAGAUUAGCUAAACAGAUAAUUUACAAAUUUAUUAGAGGAUAUGAGGAAUAUUCAUACUAAAAACCUCAAUAAAGAAGAAGAAAAUGUUUUCCUAAAAAACUAAAUUAACUAGUUAAGCUCUCUUCAUAAGCAAUCUGAAGCUUAAAAUAAUUUAUUAAACUCUAGGGUUAAAGAUAUAAGCUAGGAGCUAGAUUAAGUAAGACAAACAAACAAAAUCCUUAUACAGUAAAAUCAAUCAUCAACUUCAUAAAUAGAGUAGCUUUAAACAAAUAUUAAUUAAUACUUAGAUGAAAUAAGGAAAAAAAAUUAGGUGCUUGAUUUUAGUAAUAUUAAAAUAUCACAGAUGGAAUAAUAACUAACAGAAAUGAAAAAUCUUAAAUUAAAUCUUAGCAUAAUGGAAACGUCAAAUUAGGCUAAGAGUUCAAAGUUAAAUGAACUUGAAAAUAUUAAAUAUCUACUUACUUUAGAAGGGGCAGAGAAGGAGAAUAAAAUAAAUGAAUUGGUAUAUAGGAUAGAAGAUUAAAAAAAUAUAAUAAAUGAAUUGCAGUUUAAUUUAUCUGAAGUUUAAAGAGCUCUCAAUAAAGCUGAAGAUUUCAUACAAAACCAAUCAAAUAUGAUAAAAUAGCAAAUCGAUGAUAGAAACCAACUACUUUAUGAGCAUAGCCAGAAAACAGCCACUUUAGAGACUUAAUUAUUGAAAAUGCAUGAUCUACAAAUAGAAUUAUAAAAUUAAGAACUUCUUCUAAAACAAAAGAAUUUAGUCAUAAAAGAUUUAGAUAAUCAAAAGAAUUCUGCUAUUUUGGAGAACCUUUAGAAGGAAAAAGAAUUAAUAGAGUAAGGCAAAAAAAUGGAAGAGUUAACUGAGAGUCUUAAUUCUUUGUAAUAGACUAUCCUGCUUCUUCAAUAAGAUAUUUAGAAAUAAGAAAUUUUGAUUGAUUCUUAAAAUAGUUUAAUUUCUAAAAAAAAUUAAGAAUACAAUGAUUUAAUAGAGAGAUAUGAUCAGAAAGUAAGUGAAUGCGAGUUAAAGGCAGUCUAAUUGAAUAACAGCAAGUAAGAAAUUGAUAAUUUAAAUAAAGUUAUAAGAGUAAAAAAUAAAAAAAUUGGAGAUUAAGAAAGCUAUUAGAAAUAGUUAGAAGCUGAAACUGUAAGAAAAAUAAAGGAAAUAGAUGAACUGAAGAUGCAAUUAAGCCAACUAAACUAAACCCUAGACACAAACUAACAAACAAUUUUGCUCAUGCAAGAUAAUCUUAAUAAAUCUGAAGAAUACAUUAAGAGUUAAUCUAAUGUUAUUCAAAAUUAAAUUAAAGAAAAAAAUCAAUUGAACGAUGAAAUUAAUGAAAAAUCCAAAUAAAUUGAGAGUUAUUAAUCUAAACAGAGUGAAUUAAAGGUCUCUACUGAAAUUUUAGAGAAGACUAUACAUACCAAAGGCAAGCAAAUAUAAGAGUAAGAAGCUGAUAGAAUUAAACUUAUUUCUGAAAAUUAAAGAAAAGAUGAAAAAAUUCAAUAACUGAUCAUAUAAACUGAUGAAUAGGCAAAAAUUAUUAACACACUUUAACUUACUAUCGAAGAUCUAUAAGAUUCAAUAGCAAACUCAGAAAAAUUAAUAUUUAACUAAUCAAAAGUAAUAAAAGAUCAAAUUGAAGAAAUUUAAAAACUUUGUGAUAAAAAUGAGUCAUUUGCUGCUAAAAUAACUAAUUAGGAAACCAUGAUAAAGGAUCUUAAUUAUAAUAUAGAGACUUUAAUUAAAAACAAGUAAGAACUCAAAUUGGAAAUAGAGCAUUUAUAAUCGAUAGAAGGAAGAGUCAAGCUAUUAAAUAGAGAAUUAGAUGAGGAAAAAUAGUAUUCACUAAUUAAAGUAAAAGAAAAUGAUUUGUAUAAAAGCUAAAUUUCAAAUUUAGAUUUUUAAGUAAAAAAACAAAUAUUAAAAUGUGGAAAUUAAUCUCCCAUGCAACAAAGACUAGAAAAAUUUAUGAAUUUUGAAGAUACAAUUAAAAGAUAAAAGUUUUAAGUUAGCGAAUUAAGUCCUAAUAGAAAUUCUAAUUUAAUCUAAAAAAAUUAAAAAUUGAUAGAAAAAGCUGAACAAGUUAUAAGGAAUGCAUCUAAUCUUACUUAUAGUCAGUUAAGGAGUUAAUCACCUCCUUACUCUCCUUCAUAAUAAUCAUAUGUUAAGUGA